ACCUAAUCCAAAAUCAUAAAUUUCCGCAUGAGACAAAUAAACUAUACUAGUAGCAUUCAUUAAUUUCCUCUAAAACGACGGGAAAAUACACAGAACAAGUUUUAUAAACCAUGGGAGAAUGAACAGAACCAGUUUUAUAGGAGUAGAAUGGCUACAAGUGAAGGAGGCGAUGAACACAAAAACCCUGCUUUUGACCCGGAUUUGGAUACACCAGAAAACCCGGAUCACGAGUUUGGUGAGUUCGGUGCGGGUUGUUUCUGGGGUGUGGAAUUGGCCUUUCAACGAGUUGUGGGAGUGGUGAAAACAGAGGUUGGAUAUUCACAAGGUCACACACCAGAUCCUAACUACAAACUGGUCUGCACCGGAUCCACCAACCACGUGGAAGUGGUUCGGGUUCAAUUUGACCCGAAAAUUUGUCCAUACACAAAUCUCUUGGAUCUCUUUUGGUCACGACAUGACCCCACUACCCUCAAUCGUCAGAGAGAAGAUGUGGGUGCACAAUAUAGAUCAGGAGUAUACUACUUCAAUGAAACCCAAGCUCGUUUAGCCCAAGAAUCAAAAGAAGCUAAACAAUUGGAACACAAGGACAAGAUUGUAACAGAAAUACUUCCAGCAAAGAGAUUUUAUAGAGCAGAGGAAUAUCAUCAGCAAUAUUUGGAGAAGGGUGGAGGCAAAGGCCUUAAUCAAUCUGCUGAAAAGGGAUGCACUGAUCCCAUAAGGUGCUACGGUUGAUGAUUGCUUCAGAUCAGACACAUUUUGCAAUUUGGUCUCCAAUUGCUUCAAAAAUGUACUGAUUAAUGUUUGAGCAAUUUAUAUUUGAAAAAAUGUUUUUUUUCUUCCUAAGGGUUUGGAUAGUUGUUAUGAUUUGAAUAAAUGUUGAGUUAUAUAGUCUUUGUAUGAAACUCAAAGCAAAUUGAAAGAUUUGUUACUUUUGUGAGUACAAGCAUAAAUAUACAUUGCAUUGGCAUCAAA